AUGUGUAUUCCAAUUAUAAAUGAGCAAAAAGAAUUCCCACAAGAAAUUUUUCCUUCUACUGACUCUCAAGUCAAUCCUCUCGGUGAUAUUACCAAUUAUUUUAAGGAACACUUAACUGAAAGUUGGAAGAAAUUUAAUUUGACCGAAGAAUAUGAAAAAGAAUUUCCAUCAGUUGAAGAAAUCAAUCAAUUUCUUGAUGUUUUUCGUCAAGAAUCCAUAGAAAUAUGGGAUGAAUUAGUAAAAUCCAUCACAAUAACAAAUGAACUGUUAUUCAAAAUUGGUUUAAUGUUACGAAUCUUACCGACAACUUUAAUAUCUGUUUUUCAACAAAUAUGGUUAAAUGAUAAUGAAUCGAAUGUAUUAUCUUUGCACUUGACACUUGAACAGCGUAUACUACUUGGUGGAAUCAUGGUUAAUUGGAUUGUAGAGCAGCAAGUCGAAAGAGCUUUAAAUUUUGCCAAUCAAGAAAAGUGGGAAGAUUUUGAAAAAGAAAUAUUAAAUGUACCUCAUACCAAUUGGAUACCGUCAGAACAUGUUCCAUGGUUAAUAUUAGAACUUGAAAUGAAUAUUACAAUUCGAGAAAUACAAGUUCAAGUAGCACGUCAUAUGAUACAACCAAUGUUGAAUGAAAACAAUGCUUCAGUACGGAAUAUCGUUAUGCAAAUGAAUAUGGGCGAAGGCAAAACUUCAGUUAUUUUACCAAUGUUAGCACUCAGCUUAUGCUCAUCAUCUUCGAGUUUAGUUCGUAUCAUUGUAUUGAAAGCAUUAUUUCCAAUGAAUUACCAAUCAUUACGAUAUAAAUUAGGUGGUCUACUAAAUCGACGUGUAAUGCCAUUUGCUUGUCGUCGUGAUAUGAAUUUUAGUUAUGCACAAGUGAAUAAAAUUUUCGAUCGUCUCAAACAAGGAUUACAUACUCUGGAUGUUGUACUAACAUCACCCGAAGACAUUCUAUCUUUUGAUUUACUUACAAUAGACAAAUGUCGACGACAAGAAUUUGAUACUGGUCGUUCAAUGUUGUCGAUUCAAAGUUGGAUGAAAACAUUUGUUCGCGACGUUUUAGAUGAAUCUGAUGAAAUUUUACAUGUUAAAUAUCAGUUAAUCUAUUCGAUCGGUCGUCAACAACAAGUCGACGGGGGUGUAGAACGUUGGAAGACCAUUCAAUAUGUACUGAAUUUAGUCAAACAACAUGCUGCAAAUAUUGCACAGCAAUAUAAUGAUGAUGUUUAUUAUAAAGCAGCAGAACGUCAAAGGAGUUUUCCAGAAUUCCGUCUGCUUAAUCAUCGACCAUUUCAAGAGCUAUGCCGAAGAAUAGCAAGCGAUUGGAUCAAUCAAAAAAGUUAUCGUCAACUAGAUCAGCAACUUAUCUUAUCAUUUAUAUUGGAUACAAAUUCAUCGAUCAAUGGCCUAGUCGAUCAAUUUCCUCAUAAUACAAUUCAAUUAUUUUUGAUUAUGCGUGGUCUUUUAUCAUCAGAAGUGUUAUUCGUCGGUUUAAAGAAACGUUAUCGUGUUAAUUUUGGUGUGAAUCAAAACGCAAAAUUCAAUCGUUUAAUGGCUGUACCAUUUCGUGCAAAAGAUGUUGCAGCUGAAAAUACAGAAUUCGGACAUCCAGAUGUAGCUAUUGUCUUAACACAAAUUUCCUAUUACUAUAAAGGUUUGACAGAUUCACAAAUGCUUCAAUGUUUUAAUCGUUUGAGUCAAGAUGAAAGCGAUCCGGAAAUGAUCUAUGAGCACAUGCGAUGGUAA